AUGGAUGCCAAUUCACCACAAAUGAAACCAUUUGAAGGUUAUCCACCAAAUAACUAUGUAUCUCCACCUCCAUCUUCCCCUAUUCCACUAGGUGGACAAGUACAUUAUGUAGCAUCACCUCACCAUCAACCAGGAGCAUACAUAGUUCCUAUCGCUCAACCGUAUCAAAGUCCAGAAGUAUCUCAAAUUCGUGAUUGGUUACCAUGGUCAAUUACCAACAUGUUUAUUGGUUGGAUAAUCGGUGGAAUUCUUCCAUUAAUCUUUAGUUUAGUUUGUCGUAAUUACAAACGAUCUAAUAAUGCAAGUAGUGCAAGAACAAUGAGUAUUUUAGCACUCGUCUUUAAUAUUCUUGUUACACUUGGUGGUAUCGGUGGAUAUAUCGCACUCAUUGUUUCAUUAGUUCUUGUUAACCGAGCAGUACAAGGUGCUAUCAGUUGUUCUUAUCUUGUAUAUCCGUAUCGUUGCUAA